AUGCAAGAACCAUCAUUUUCAGAAGAUCACUCUCAAAAAGAAAAUCAUUUAUCAACAAAAUGUCGAUUUCUUCUUUGGAGUUGGAUUUCAAUUCUAAUAUUAAUCAUUAUUGGUGUUGUUGCAAUAGUUAUAUUCAUUCGUUAUCAAUCAUCAUUUUCAUCCAUCGAUAUAAAAUAUGACAUUGAUAUUCCAUGUAAUCCAUUAAAAUUUUCAAGUUAUACAAGUUAUAAAACUGGAAAAACCCCUUGGUCGUUAAGUACUGGUUAUUUAGAUGCAGAUUCUUUACUUGAUAUUGUUGUUCUUAAUCAAAAUGAUGCAACUAUUGGUAUAUUCUAUGGUUCCGGACAUGGAAACUUUUCACAACAAAAAACAUACCCGAAGGCUACAACUGGUGCUUAUGUUACUAUUAGAGAUAUGAAUAAUGACAAUAAAUCAGAUAUUAUUUUAGUUUAUGAGUUAUUAAAUGAAAUUGCGAUUUUAAUCAAUAAUGGCAACCAACAAUUCAGUUCACCAAUAACUUACCCAGUUGGAAAUUAUCCAUAUUGGCUUGAUAUUUCAGAUUUUAAUAGAAAUAAUUUAUUAGACGUUGUUGUUGUUAAUUCUGAAGAUGCUUCUGUUACUAUUUUAUUUGAUUAUUAUAAUUUAUCAUUCAGUUAUUCUAAAACAUAUACAGCUGGAAAUGAUGUUACAGCUGUAUCUGUUGCUGAUUUUAAUAAUGAUUCGUAUCCUGAUUUUGUUACUACUGAUUAUAGUGAUAAUACGAUUAGUAUUUAUAUGAAUUCUAAAAAUGGAAUGUUUAAGAGUAGAAAAACGUAUUUCACAAGUGUUGAGCCAUGGGGUCUGGCCACUGCUGAUUUAAACAAUGAUAAUUUUAUAGAUAUUGUUAAUACUAAUUUUGGUUCAUUUUCAUUAAGUGUUUUAUUGAAUGAUGGAUAUGGACACUUUAGUACACGGGAUACAUAUUAUGUCGGUGAAGGUCCAAUAUCAGUUGCAUUAGCUGACUUAAAUAAUGAUACAUUCAUUGAUAUUAUUACUGCAAAUGACAAUGAUAAAUAUGUUUAUAUUUUUUUGAAUAAACAAAAUGGAAAAUUUCAAACAUAUCAAAGACUUACUACCCAAUCGUAUAUUUAUGGUGUUAUAACUGGAGAUUUUAAUAGAGAUGGAAAAAUAGAUAUUGCUCUUACUACUGGUAGUAAAACUUUGAAUGUUCUUUUAAAUCAAUGUUAA